UACACGCUCUCUCAAAAGCAAGUCCACAACUGAAAGGUAAAAGAAAAGGCUUUGAGGGAGAUGGAGAUGGAGAUGGAGAUGGAGAAUAGUGACACCGCUGCUGCUGCUACCGCUAAUGCUUCAUCUCCUCAACAAUCUAAUUCUCCUAAAUCUUCCCCUUCUUCCCCUUCAACUCCUCUUCCGCACGUCGUGAUUAGUCCGUGCGCUGCUUGUAAGAUUUUGCGGCGUAGGUGUGCGGAGAAAUGUGUGUUGGCACCCUACUUUCCACCCACUGAACCAGCCAAGUUCACCAUCGCCCACCGUGUGUUCGGGGCCAGCAACAUCAUCAAGUUCUUGCAAGAACUGCCUGAAUCUCAAAGGGCAGAUGCAGUGAGCAGCAUGGUUUAUGAAGCAAGUGCAAGAAUCAGAGACCCAGUUUAUGGGUGUGCAGGGGCAAUCUUUCAACUACAAAAACAAGUUGUGGAGCUCCAAGCACAAUUAGCCAAGGCACAAGCAGAAAUAGCAAACAUCCAAUGCCAGAAAGCCAACCUUGUGGCCUUAAUUUACAUGGAAAUGUCACAACAAUCCCCUCAGCCUUCCUCAUCUCAACAAUCCGUCGACGACUUCAUUACGAGUACUCCAGAGAGUUACCAGAGCAACCCUUGCUUCCUCGACGAUAACAAUUUGGCGUCACUCUGGGAACCACUCUGGACAUGAUAAAAUCAUGACUUGUCGCAAUUUGUCCGCGAAGAGACUGUUUCCGAGAUUUGAACCAAAAAAAAUAUGGAUUGUUAGUUAAUUAACCGGUAGUAAUAUUUCAGAGAUGUUCCAAUGAAAUCAUCCCAACUCAAGAGCUAAUAAUUGCUCUAAUGGGAAAGAGGAGUUGAAGGACAAUCAAACGUCUCUUUGAUGGGUCAUUUCCUUCUUCCAUAUAUGAUGUUUAAUUUCUGUUACAAGUCUUUGUUCCGAGUCCAAUUGUUCGCUGAUUAUUGUAACUUUUCGGUCACCUACUAUAAUUAAUUAACAAAUUGAUGUA